UCUAUAGAAGACCCUUCUAGUGAAGAAGGAUGCGGACAAAACAGAAUUUGCUUGUCGUGCAGUGCAAAAGAUGAAUUGGACAAAGAAAAAAAUGCUAUUGAAAAUUGGAGAAAUAAAGGUAGUACAUCGCCGUCAAAAUCACGUUCCGCUAAAUCAUAUUUAGUCAAACAAACUGGAUUUGAAUACUUAGAAUUAAAUAAUAUCAAACCAGUUAAUGAAAUAGCCCUACUUCGAAAUGGUUCCUGUUUUCAAAAUAAGCCAUUAUUCGUUCCCGGUUUCGACAAAGUAUUGCUGAGCAAUACGUGUUCAGCUGAUUCAAUAUUUUCAGUUUUAGCGGUUUCUGUAACAGAGAGUGAGAAUUUCAGAAAAUAUUUUACAGAAGGAAAAGAACUACAUAGAACAGCUGAUUUUGUUAAAAAAAUGAUUGGUAAUAGACCAACUAAAGAUAUGUAUAGAGAUCGCGUUUAUUUACUGGCACUGCAUUUCAUAACAGAAAGUGAAGAAAUUGUUGGAGGUAUAAGGUUAUUUAACACAGUAGACACGGCUGCAUCUAUGAGCGAAAAGUUACUGGAAAAUAUGCCAUCAUAUAAAAGAUCAAAUCGUUGUCAAAAUAGUAUAUGUUUUAAUCCAGAACGUAAUUCAGAAGGAGUUGUCAUUACAAUAUAUGGCGUUGAUGGAAAUAUUCAAUUGCAGCAAGAGAUGAACAAGUUUUUCCAACCAUUGACCGAGUUAUGUGUUGCUAUUAAUUGUAAUUGUUUAAGAGAUGAGGUAACAGAACCAACUAACCACAUUCUAUUGGAACUCUUAUCAAUACCUAAAGGUUUUCGAGCUUCAGGUAAUUACAGUCAUAUGGAAAAUACUACGAAAAUAUCACAAAACUAUGCGGGUAAAGUCAUGAUGAAACUUGGAGAUAUUACAAAACAGCUUAUAAUUAAUGGUAACAUAUAUAACUUAAGAGGAGUAAUUGCAUUUGAUGGAUCAGCUAGACAAUUGAGGCAAUCAUAUGGCCAUUACAUAGCUUAUGGUUUAAGAUCAAAUGAUCAAUGGGAAAGUUACGAUGAUUUAAAAGAACAAGUAAUUACCAAAUCAAACAAUUUUAAAGUGAACGUAGAAAUACUUUUUUAUACAAGGUAAAAUAUACUAAUACAACAACUUUUAAUUGUUAAAAUUAUGAUUUUAAAAAAAAACAAAUAAAGAAAGAACACAAUUAUAAUUUUUUUUUAUCCUUUGAUUGGUGUUUGUUCCAUUGAUUCGCUUUUCUUCUCUAUGACCAUAUCCAAUUUUUUUAAUCCAUAUUCUACAGAACAAAUACUGUAGUGCACAAAAAAAUGUAUUGCUUACAUUCACAAAUGAAACACAAAAUUAAUAUUACAUUUUAUUAUCUACAGUAAUAUUUAGUAGGUAAGGCAAAAAAAAAAAAUUCUAACAGCGGUUAGUGAAUUCAGAAUUACUACGACGUUCUUUGAUACAAACGAAUAGGUGUAAUAAUGAUACUUUAUAUUUUAGGAUGAGCUUAAUUAUUUUAGAUAUGUAACGGAUGAUUACAAAUGAUAUUAUGUAAUUCAACAUAAUUUAAUUCUAUACUUAGUAAGUGGCCAUGUUAUGGUAAGUGGUAACGUAACUGUUUAUACUACCUAUGGCUUUAUUAAACAUGUUUGUACAGACAAUAUUGGAAAUUAUACCAUCGGAUAUAGUUAUGUUCGAUCUGUGAGAUUAGUUAAAUGCAUGAGUCACUACCGUGGCCACUUUAUUUGACUUGUAUUAAAUUUAAUUCACAAAUGAUUUUUUUUAUACCUAUUAACAUAUUUAGAAAAUUGAAAAUCGUACAUAUAAUAUUAAUAAUAGGUGAAUAAGAAACGUGAUUUUUUUUUAGUAUAACAAGUUUAUAAAAAUAGAUAAAUAUACAAUAUAAACUUUGACUGCGUCGCCCAAAAGUUUAUAUCAAUCGUUUAUAUAUUGACCAAGGAAAAAAUGUCUAUGAUUGCCAAUCACUGUUUCAACUGUGUUACAAAAAUGGUGAGUAUAUAAUAAUUAGAUUGCAAUCAGAUUUCACUCGAAAAUACAAAGAACAAUAUUAUUGUCUUAAUUUUUAACUAAUAUAACCUAAAUAAAA